AUGACGAAGCGCCAGACACGCCUCUUCCCUGAUCGCGACCAGUCUCAUCUUUGGGGUGCGCUCGUUCAUCCUGAAUCGAAAGGCGCUUUGUUGUUGGCGUUUGUUGCUGGAUCGUGGGCAAUUCUUUUCCCGGCCGGUGGUGGUGGGGGUGGAUGUGGUGGUGGCGGUGGAUGUGGUGGUGGCGGUGGAUGUGGUGGUGGCGGUGGAUGUGGUGGUUUGCCUCCUCCACCUAAUCCAUGCGGUAAACGUAAAAAGAGAGCAGUCGAUGGUGACGAAAAAUGUACUGAUCCAGAGCUACGAAAGCUUAUCCUUGCUGCUGUGCGUAACGACUUGAACGAAUCCCGUAAUAAUAUUGUCGAUGCCUUGAAAGAAAAACACGGUGAAGGUACACAGUACUCGGUGUCGUGCGUAAAAGGUGAAGUGGUUUUCCAGUCAUCGGCGGACGACUUCUGUUCGGAUGGAACGUCACAUAUAACAUGUCUUGUGGUACUGUAG